GAGAUGCUCAAGUUAUUCAUGUGUUUCCACCAAACACCGACAGAGAUCAUGGAAGAUUAAACUCUACUAAUUACUCACUGAAGGCUUCAAAACAAAUUGCGUCCCAAGAACUAAUGGCCAAAUUAUCCAUCCAAAACACAAGUAAGCUUAGAAAUCUCUUCUUACAAUCUUGACGAAAUGGAAGUUCCACCAAAUCAUUCAACAUCUAAUAAAACCAGCAUAAAUAGCAAUGACUCUGCAUUUUUCUACUUUGAAUCCUGUCAACCCCCUUCUCUUGCCUUACUCCUAUUUUUCAUAGCCUACACUGUGGUCUUAAUUGUGGGCCUUUUUGGAAACCUUUCUCUCAUCAUCAUCAUCUUUAAAAAGCAGAGAGAAACUCAGAAUGUCACCAACAUACUGAUUGCUAAUCUCUCCCUCUCUGACAUUUUGGUAUGUGUCAUGUGCAUCCCAUUCACUGUCACCUACAUUCUGAUGGAUCACUGGAUAUUUGGGGAUACCAUGUGCAAACUCACGUCUUAUGUGCAGAGUGUCUCUAUCUCUGUGUCCAUUUUCUCACUUGUAUUAAUUGCCAUUGAAAGAUAUCAGCUGAUUGUGAACCCCCGUGGCUGGAAGCCCAGUAUAUCAAACGCCUACUGGGGUAUCACAUUGAUUUGGCUGUUUUCUCUUCUGUUGUCUAUUCCCUUCUUCCUGUCCUACCACCUCACCAAUGAGCCCUUCCAUAACCUCUCUCUCCCCACUGACCUUUAUACCCACCGGCUGGCCUGUGUAGAGAACUGGCCCUCCAAAAUGAACCAGCUCCUCUUUACCACCUCUCUGUUUAUGCUCCAGUAUUUUGUCCCUCUGGGUUUCAUCCUCAUUUGCUACCUGAAAAUUGUCAUCUGCCUCCGCAAGAGAAAUAGAAAAGUAAACAGGAAGAGGGAAAAUGAAAGCCGGCUCAGUGAGAACAAGAGGAUCAACACAAUGUUGAUCUCCAUCGUGGUGACCUUUGGAGCUUGCUGGCUGCCCCUGAACAUCUUCAAUGUCAUCUUUGACUGGUAUCAUGAGUUACUAAUGAGCUGCCACCAUGACCUGGUAUUUGUAAUUUGCCACUUGGUUGCUAUGGUUUCUACAUGUAUAAAUCCACUCUUUUAUGGCUUUCUCAACAAAAAUUUCCAGAAAGACCUGGUGGUGCUUAUUCACCACUGCUGGUGUUUUGCACCUCAGGAAAGAUAUGAAAAUAUAGCCAUUUCCACAAUGCACACAGAUGACUCCAAAGGCUCUUUAAGAUUGGCUCAUAUACCAACAAAUACAUAA